CCCCCUGAAGAACAUUCACAACCGUUUUUUUGUUUUUGUCGUUGCGCCGUAGGGUGUUAGUUUUUUAGGGGAAAAAACCUUCCGCGAUUCCGAUCGGAAUCGGUUUUGUUAGAUCAAUAAACGGAUUUGCUCACAGAAGCGCGUGGAAAAAAAACGGACGCAAACGGCCAUCGCCGGAACAGGGUUCCAGGGAUCAUUUGUUCGAGUACCUGGGCCAGUGUGGGAUUAAAAUCUAGUUGGGCAAGGUGAAUUGGUCCGUGAAAUGUCCUCCUAGCUGCGGGCUAAAGGUUCCAUCCAGUUGAAAUUGCAUCCAGCAGCCAGGAAUCAGAGUCCAGCUGGAGCUUCUGGAAACCAAACUUCCUGAACCUCGUGACCCCUCGAAAAUCCUGAGUCUAGUCGAACGUUGUCCAAUUAAGUUUGUGAAUCAGUCUUUUUUGACUAUCCUCCACCCACUCUGAAGGAUCCAGGACAUCGUGAUACCGAUUUUGCAGAGGGCAAAACGUGGCAUUGUCAGGCCAUCGGUGCAUCUACGGAGAAAAAACGACAUUUUUUUCUUUCUUCUGUGUAUCUAAGGGACAUUCAGACGGAUUGCAGCAAUUUCGGCGUAGUGGCGAGCCCUGUGGAAAAACAAAAAUCAAAGAGCACGGCCAACUGGUCAACCGGACCGAAUCAGUCGCUGCAAUAAAGAGGAUUAAAGGCACGGGUGGGUGCAAAUAUUAGUUAGCCGGACAAAGCGUACUCUCGGACUAGUCAAUAAAAAUGGGUCCGAAAAAGGCUAAAGGAGCGACCAUCAUCGAUGGCGUCGACACUUCGAGCAUGUCCCGGGAGCAGCUGGAGAAGUUCGCAAUCCAGCUGCGCAACGAAAUGGAACGGGAACGGGAGGAACGGAACUUCUUCCAGCUGGAACGGGACAAGCUGCGCACCUACUGGGAGAUCACCCGGAAGCAGCUGGAGGAGGCGAAGGCGGUCAUCCGCAACAAGGAACGUGAGGUGGAAGUGGCCCAGGAGCUGGCCGAUCAGGACACCAAAAAUGUGAUGCAGGAAAUGAAACACCUGCAGUACGAACAUCAAUCACAUGUGGCCGAGCUGAAGGCCGAAAUGAUGACGCAGUUGAAGAUGGCUCAGGAAGAUCAUUCGCUGCAGGAGAGGGAGUUGCUGAACGAUAAACGAGAUUUGAAGCGGCAGCUUCGAGAGAAAGAGGAAAACUUGGAGCUACAGGUUCAACAGUUGAAGUUGAAACACAGCGAGCUGUUGAGCGAAGAGAGGGCGAAGUUUAAAGAGGAGAUCGAUUCGAUGACCAAGUUGUUUGAGCAGAAGCUGCAAAGCUAUAAGGAAGAAUCGGAAGUACGCCAUGAGAUGGAGCUAUCGGAGGUGGAAGAAAGAAAGAAUGCCCAAAUUGCUGAACUGAUUCAAACGCACGAAAACGCCUACAAGGAGAUGAAGGGAUACUACAACGACAUUACGUUGAACAACUUGGCUCUGAUCAACAGUAUGAAGGAACAGAUGGAAGAACUUCGCAUCCAGUCAGAUAAAGAUCUGAAGAACCAUUCGGAAGUUAUGGCCGAAAAUAGGCGUUUGGUGGAACCACUGAGGCAGGCGCAGACUGAGUUGAUAGAGCUUCGCAAAAAGCUACAGUACUACGAUCGCGAUAAGGCCACCCUUAAUCGAGUGAAAACUCGUCUUAGCUCAACCCAGAAACAAUUGAGCAGUCUCAAGUUGGAAUCCGAUGUGCUUCAGAUGCGCUGCGAAAAGCUUGUCGAAGAACGAGACCAGCUGAAGAGCAUGUUCGAGAAAUCUAUUCUAGAACUGCAGCAGAAAUCUGGACUGAAAAAUUCUCUUUUGGAACGGAAACUGGAGUACAUCGAGAAGCAAACCGAACAGAGGGAAGCCAUUUUGGGAGAGGUACUUUCUUUGGCUGGAAUCGAACCCCAAUCGCUGAGCGUCCGGAUUGAGAAGCUGUUGGUUCAGAAAAAUGACAAAAUACAGGACCUUCGGUACGAACUGGCUCGGGUGAGCAAAAUGUAUGACGACCUGCUCUCGCUGGUCGAAGCCAAACUGGCCAAGUUUGGGAUUUCGCUAAAGGAUCUGGAGCUGAGCAGUUUGCCAACGGAGGCAUAAUUUGAUUUGAGAGUUAACGAGUUUUGUGUGCGUUUAUGCGAGUAAAUUUAUUUGUAUUUAUUUUGAA